GGAUUAUUUUGGAUCACAAAGUGAAAGGUGAACCACUCUGGGUGCCCCAUACGCCACACCUCUUUUACGCGAAGAACCUUUUCGGGGCUCUCUUAUUUUUCUAAUUCGAAUUUCGUUGCGACAAUUUUUUCUGGUUUUUAUUUCUUGUUCAACAAAAAAGGGGCUUUUGUGUGUUGUGUCCCCGUGGGAGCCAUAAACGGCCCAACAGCAACAAGAACAAGAGCAUCGUGUGUGCCCGCACGCAGUGGAUAACCCCCAAGAAAACGACUGGAAAAUUAAAGGGAUACACGAUCACAGUCAGGAAGUGCCGUCCGGAAGUGGGGCUGCGCGACUUCCUUGAUGGGGCACAGCAAGUGAGUGUUUCGUGGAAGUGAGAGUGAAUUGAACAAAGUUAGUGGGGGGAGGCCGUCGAGAGUGAAAAGAAGUAUAGAUCGUCGUCUAGCUGCUAGCUCAUAAGCGAGAGUGAAGGUGCUCCGCGCGCGCAUUUUUCAAGUCGUCGUGUGACGAUAGUUGUAAGAAAAGGUCAGUUGGUGAGGAGAGCGUCACACACCAGCCAACCAGCCGUAGAAGCCAAUCAACAUAAUAUAUAAUCUUAUUGACACCGUUUGUGGCGAAAUUGGCCAAAAAAAGUGAAAGUAAGAUGGUCACUGACGCAUCGCGGAUGCUGAGAAGAGGCGUCACUGUACCACUUUGUGUUGUCCUCUUCCUCCUUCAAAUUUCAACUGUAGCCACAGAUACGCUACCUAUUGGUAGUCAGACUUUAGGGGGCUUAUCGGCUCGUGAAAAGCCAGAACUGUCUGAGCACCUAAGCGCUGUGAUUGGGGAAGAUGUAGCUAAGAGUAUUGAAUAUAAGCGUCAAGUUGAGGAAGCCGAAUUGGGUUCAACAGCACGUCCACCACCCCUAACAACCCCCAGCAGUGAUUCCACCCCCAAGUCUCGUAUUCAGAUUAAGACAGCCCCCAAUGGUGUUGACUACGAAUACGAGUACGUGUACUACUACUACGACGAAGAUGAAGAUGCCAAUAAAACUACAACUGCUAAUAAUCAAGAACGUGGACGGAGUAAGUAUCAAACAAUUGAGAGAACAUCAAAAGCACCCCCACAAGCUGAUGAAGAGAAACCCGUUGCUGAGGUAGAGGAACAACAAGAAGAUGAAGAGGAGGAGAGAUUGCCGCAAAAUACGAGAUUCCCACCAAGAUCGAGGAAUACACCUGAACAGGCAUCAACAGAAGCACCACCUGCUGCAAAGGUGAGCGUGAAGCAUCCAAGUUUGGAACUCGUGGACAGUGAUACGUUCAACACAGCUGAUAACAGGAAUUUGUAUUCAACACCUCAGCAAAAUGAUGGUGCCAUGGAGAAGGCUGCAUUUGAUUUGUAUGUAAUUCUGCAGAAUGAAAAAAUGGCCGUUGAUGCAACUGCCGAAACUACAACGAAGGACGCAACAACCGUCGAGGCUACAACUGAAAUUGAAACAACAACACAAGAAGUCACAACAACCACACGCAGGACAACCACGACAACAACCACAACCACAACAGAAGCACCCGCCGUGGAAACGCGUCGUAUUGCACAGAAUAAUGUUGCAGCAGGAACGAGGAAUAGAUUUAAGUUGCGUCCUGGCACAACAACAACCACCACGGAAGCUCCUGCUGCUGAGAAGACGGGCUUUGUGUCGAAGAGUCGUUACGGGGGUAAGCCAAGUGGGAGCAGAGUGAACACCUUUGGACGCAAUCUCAGUACCACAUCUGUGCCAUCAACAACAAGUCAGACUGAAACCGAAAGUAAACCUUCUUUCGGGACACGCGGUACAAGAAGCUCUCCUUUUCAUGCAGCUCGCAAUCGCUUCAACAUCCGCUCAACGACUGAGGGUACGUCUCAAGUACAAGCUGAGGAAACAUCCACAACUAGCCGUCCUGCGAGGCCACGGGCAACAUUUAGUGCACGAUCAAGAUCCCGCCUUACAACGGUGGCACCGUCGGAGGAGGUUGCCAAUCGCACGGAGACUACAACAGCACGUCCUAGAAUAGCCCUGCCUAGUCGUCCAGGUGCCAAUAGACUUCUAGCUCCACGGAAGAAUCCUCUGAUUCGUGGUUCGACUCCUGCACCAAGUACCGAAGCACCUGCUGCUGCUGCUGCUGGUGAAGACUUGGAAGAGUCCGAUACUUCACCUGAGACACCUCCAAUUCGUCCAGAGCCAGAGAAGACAUCAAACUAUCUGUUUGGACAGAUUGAGAGCACAACAACUAGUCAGAGUGGUUUAAAUCGACUGAAGAAUCGACCACGUAUUCAAAUUCAACCAGCUGAACGUCCCAAAACCACCCAGAACGUUUUUGCCAAUCGUAAAGUCAACCCAUUGAUUGCUCGACGACAAUUUGGUGUAACAUCCAGCACAUCGGAAUCCCCACCGGAAGUUGAGGAAACGGAACCACAAUCGGAAGAAGAUAGCGAAGAUGCUGAUACAGCAGAAGAUAAUCAUCCGGAGCAAACUGAACCACCAUCAUCUGAAGCUCCACGUGGUUUAGGACUUCUCGGUGCUCGCCGGCGACUGCCACUACGUCGUCCGGGAACAUUAUACUCAGGAGCUAAUUGAGCUCCCAUUUGCAUGUACUUAAUUUCCCCUCCCAAUAAAUCCAGGUGCUCCUGUGAGAAAA